AAACAGAAUUUUAUACCUACCGGUGAAUCAGAAUUAAACACUUCAUUAGGAACGCCACCGAAAAUUAAACAAUCAUACAAACAAACGGAUUCAAUGAGACGAAAUAGUCAAUCCAAUAUACCAAAUCGAAUAAUCACUAGUGCUAAACUCAGUCAAAAUUCCAACCUAAUGCCACCACGUAAAUUAUCAAUGUUCAGUAAUUCACAAAAUCCAUCGAAUGAUGAGACAGAUGCAACAGACUGUAUAUCCACAUUGUCUGGUGGAACUUCUCAAACAAUGGAAUAUAGUGAAUUUACUAAACCUCAUCGUGGUUCUGAUCGAAGUGCUGCUUCUGGACGAUCUAAAA